AUGUUUGUGGAAAUCGCAAACAAAGUCGACCUACAGUCCCAAAUAGACAAGGCAGGAAAAGACUUGAUCAUCUUGGAAUUCUAUGCUCCAUGGUGUGGAUCGUGUAAGAUGGUGGAAACUAAAGUGAAUGAUCUGGCCAAAGAACAUGCCACUGUCCCCUUUUUACGAAUCAAUGUGGACGAGAUGGAAGAGCUGGCUGAGGAGUAUGAAGUCACUGCUAUGCCCACUUUCAUUUUCAUCAAGAACAGGGAAGUGUUAGCAACUUUUUCUGGUACUAAGAUGGAUAAAGUCAUCGAUGCUAUUGUUAAAUAUAAACAGUGA